AGUGGUAACCAUGGGCCACGGUGUGGGCUGAGGAUCCGGAGGGCUUUACACACACACACACACUUAUUGCUUCCACGUCCGUGUAUGACAUGGCCACGGCCCCAUCCAGAUCAGACUGUCGCAAUAACCACGGAAGGACGUCUCAGCUCCAUGCCAAUGUUUUAUGUGCCAAACUCAAGCGGAAGAAGAACUGGUUCGGUACGGCCAUUUAUGUGGAGGUGACAGCAGAGGGAGAGAGCAGGAAGACGAUCAAGUCUCACAACCUCUCCAGCCCAAAGUGGGACGAUCACCUCACUCUGAAUGUAACACCACACUCGCAGUUGGAGUUUAAAGUAUGGACCCAUAACACUUUAAAGGCAGAUGCUCUGCUGGGGAAAGCCACUCUGGACCUGCGCAAAGCCCUGGAGCAACACGACAGGAAGCUUGAAAACGUAAAGGAGGUGCUAAAGCUGACUCUGGAGAGCAAAAAUGGUACCGUGACCUCUGGAGAGCUCACGGUCAUCCUGGACGGCCUCGCUGUUGACCAGGAGCCUUUACACAAUGGAAAUGCCGUCACCACCACUACAACCAAAGUUCAGCAGAAUGGCGAUGCUAUUCAUGAGAAUGGGGAGGAAAAUACCACAACUCAGAACAGCUCAAUGAACGGCGGACACAGAGCGGAGAGCGAAGCCCCAUCCACCUCCUCCGGCAACAGCGAUGGCAGCACAGCCCCUGUCUUCAACGGCGACGCAGAGUCCACGCCUGCACACCAGACAGCUCCGUCUACCCUGAACCCUGCUGACAGAAGCGUGCCAAGUACGACUGUUAAUGGGGAGAAUUCUGCAGAUACUGCUCCAGAAGAGCUGGUGCCGCCCCCUGCUGGUGGGACCGAGGAAGAGGAGGAACCUGCCUCCGCUCUCCCCUCUACCUCCACGUCCUCUACACACCAGUCUGUGGCAGCACCCUGCAACACUCAGCCCAGCAGUGAUGCUUCCUCCUCUUCCUCAUCUGCACCCAGUCAGGCAGUAGCUGCUCCUGCUGCUGCUGCUUCUUCAUCCUCCAGUUCUGCAGCAGACGCUGCUCUGGGCACCAGCACAGCCACAGGUGGAACCAAACCUCAGCAGCAGACACCCAGCACCAGUACUUCAGACCCUUUGCCUCCUGGGUGGGAACAGCGGAAGGACCCGCAUGGCCGAACUUACUACGUCGAUCACAAUACAAGAACCACAACGUGGGAAAGACCACAGCCUCUACCCCCAGGUUGGGAGAGGCGAGUGGAUAACCGUGGCCGGAUCUACUACGUAGACCACAACACCCGGACCACCACGUGGCAGCGGCCCACCAUGGAGUCAGUACGCAACUUUGAACAGUGGCAGUCCCAGAGAAGCCAGCUACAGGGAGCUAUGCACCAGUUCAACCAGAGAUACCUCUACUCGGCUUCAAUGAUGUCUGCAGAAAAUGACCCCCUGGGUCCACUACCUCCUGGUUGGGAGAGACGUGUGGAUUCAAACGAUCGAGUGUAUUUCGUCAAUCACAACACAAAGACCACCCAGUGGGAAGACCCUCGUACACAAGGGCUGCAGAACGAGGAUCCGCUGCCUGAAGGCUGGGAGAUCCGUUACACAAGAGAAGGCGUGCGAUACUUUGUGGAUCACAACACUCGCACCACAACGUUCAGUGACCCAAGGACCGGCAAGUCCUCUGUCACUAAAGGACCCCAGAUAGCAUACGAGCGCAGCUUCCGAUGGAAACUCGCUCACUUCCGCUACCUGUGCCAGUCCAAUGCGCUACCCAGUCAUGUUAAGAUCACAGUCUCUAGACAGACAUUGUUCGAAGACUCUUUCCAGCAAAUAAUGGCUAUGAAGCCGUAUGACCUUCGGAGAAGGCUUUAUAUAAUUUUCAGAGGGGAGGAGGGACUUGACUACGGAGGCCUUGCCAGGGAGUGGUUUUUCCUCCUGUCACAUGAAGUCCUGAACCCCAUGUACUGUCUGUUUGAGUAUGCCGGCAAGAGCAACUACUGUCUGCAGAUAAAUCCUGCAUCCAUCAUCAACCCCGAUCACCUGUCCUACUUCUGCUUCAUCGGCCGCUUCAUCGCCAUGGCGCUCUUCCAUGGAAAGUUCAUCGAUACAGGCUUCUCCCUUCCCUUUUACAAGCGCAUGCUCAACAAGAAGCUCCUCCUUAAAGACCUGGAGUCCAUCGAUCCAGAGUUCUACAACUCUCUGAUCUGGAUCCGGGACAACAAUAUAGAGGAGUGCAGUUUGGAAAUGUACUUCACUGUCGAUAUGGAGAUUCUGGGCAAAAUCACGUCCCACAACCUGAAACCAGACGGCGAUAACAUUCUGGUGACGGAGGAGAACAAGGAUGAGUACAUCGGGUUAAUGGCAGAGUGGCGCUUCUCUCGAGGUGUUGAGGGUCAGACCAAAGCGUUUCUCGAUGGGUUUAACGAGGUCGUUCCUCUGCAGUGGCUGCAGUACUUUGAUGAAAAGGAGUUGGAGGUGAUGCUUUGCGGGAUGCAGGAGGUGGAUCUACAGGACUGGCAGAGAAACACUGUGUAUCGUCAUUAUACCAGGAACAGUAAGCAGAUCAUUUGGUUCUGGCAGUUUGUGAAGGAAGUGGACAACGAGGUUCGUUUGAGGCUUCUGCAGUUCGUCACGGGCACCUGUCGACUUCCCCUGGGGGGGUUCGCCGAACUCAUGGGGAGUAACGGACCUCAGAAAUUCUGCAUCGAGAAAGUCGGCAAGGAGACCUGGCUUCCCCGGAGUCACACAUGCUUUAAUCGCCUGGAUUUGCCCCCGUACAAAAGCUUCGAACAGUUAAAAGAGAAGCUCCUUUUCGCGAUCGAGGAAACCGAAGGAUUCGGACAAGAGUAGAGAACUGUCCUGUCUGCAGCAGCACGUCCAGCAGAACGGGGAUAAUUAAAAAAAAAAAUAAAAUAAAAAUACACACACUCACACAAACAAGAAAAUUGCACAGAGAACUAUCUAUGUACAUAAGCUAUUUUGUCAUUUUAAACCAAAUCUUAAUCCGAAACCUCAUUUAGCAAUCUCCAUAACAUUAUUCCCCAUGAUUAUGCAAGCAUUUUAGCUUUUUUUUUUUUUCUUAUCUUUUAAAAGCAGAAAUCUAAAUACAAUAAUGGUUAUUGUUUUGUUUUUUUUUUUUGGUUGGUUUGUUUUUAAUUUUUUUUUUUUUUAAGGGGAUUGACAAAAUCAGAGAGGAUUUUAUAAUUAAACCAUAACUACAGCUCUAGUUUUAUAGAGCUCUUAAAGAAUGAUUGUAGUGUUCAAUCCGGUGCCUCUUUUUGUUUUUCUCUCUCUUGCUCUCUCCCCCCCCCCCCCC